CAGCGGGCGCCUCACAAGAUGGCGGCGGGAGCAGCGGCCGUUGGAGGAGGCGGCGGCGGCGGCGGAGGGGGAGCCCCCCUGGCGGCCCCCGCCGAGGCCCGCUUCUCCCUCGUGGUCGUCUUCGGCGCCGGCGGAGGACGAGGCGGGCUCCGCGCGGCGGUCCUGAGGGCCGUGCGAGACGGGAUCCGUUCUUGGGACAUCGACUUGACUGCCUGCAACCUUGACCAGCAGCUGAAGCUCUUUGUCUCCCGCCACUCAGCCACCUUCUCCGAUAUUGUGAAAGGUCAGCGGGCUCUGCACCAUCGUGGAGAACUCCUGGAGACGCUGGUGCUGCUGAACCCUUCCGACAAGUCCAUCUGCAAUGAGCUCUGCAACCUGGUCACGGACCCUUCGCGCCACAAGCUGCUGAUCUUUGCUGGGCCCUGCAUCGAGGAGACGGGGGAGCUGGUCCUGCAGACAGGCACGUUCUCCUUGCGAGACUUCAUCCAGAUCUUCGCCGACAAAGAGGUUGGGGAGUUGCUCAGCUCUGCAGACCCAUCUGCCAGGACCAGCCUGACGGUCAUUUGCCCGGACUUUGGGGAAUGGAAAGCUUCCCGGCUGGGUCAGCACAACCUGUUGGACUUCAUUGACCUGCGCUUCAACCCGGGCCCCGUGCUGCCCGAGAUGGAGGGCCUGCAGGAGUUCCUGGAGUACCUCUCAGAGUCGCUGGACCCCCCGUCGCCCUUUGACCUCCUGGAGCCACCCAGCACCGUCGGCUUCCUGAAGCUGUCCCGCCCCUGCUGCUAUAUCUUCCCUGGCGGCAGGGGUGACUCGGCCUUCUUUGCUGUCAACGGCUUCAACAUCCUGGUCAAUGGUGGCUCCAACCCCCGCUCGUCCUUCUGGAAGCUGGUGUGCCACCUCGACCGCAUCGACUCCAUCUUGGUGACGCACGUGGGCACUGACAGCCUACCCGGCGUCAACAGCCUGCUGCAGAGGAAGCUGGCCGAGAUGGAAGAGGAUCCCUCCUCGCAGGGCUCGCCAAACGAGGACUCGGUGAAGAACCUCAUCUCCCCAGAGCUGGGCGUCGUCUUCCUCAACGCCUCCGAGAAGCUUAAGACCAUUGCCGGUGACUCGGGCGUCCUGAAGAGCUGUGAUGAGGCCAGCUUGGCGCUCCACUACCUGGACAAGCUGGGCAUCCAGCCCAGCCCACUCUGCAGGGACAGCGGCCCCAAGGUGGAGCCCACUGUCCUCUUCCAGAAGAUGGGCGUCGGGCGCUUAGAUAUGUACAUCCUGAACCCGGUGAAAGGCAGCAAGGAGCUGGAGGUCCUGAUGCAGCACUGGUGCGGCAACGGCUGCCCCCAGGGGCUGGAGCUGCCCCUGCACUGCGUGACCUCCAUCUGUGCCCUCCUGGUCUGGCACCCCGUCAGCCCCACAGAGAAGAUCGUCCGGGUCUUGUUCCCCGGCUGCACGCCCCAGAGCAAGAUCCUGGAGGGGCUGGAGAAGGUCCGGCACUUGGAGUUCCUCAAACAUCCGGUGGUCACCCAGAAGGACCUGGAGCCAGGGUCCUCCUUGGGCAGCACCCCACAAAGCCAGCAGAAGAGGACCACCAGCCAGGAGAGCCUCAAGUCUGGCUCCAGGCUGAGCCUCCCAGAGCCCAAGGAAAGGAGGGAGGCAAAGGCGGCCGGCCCCAGAGAGCGCCCCCUGGCGCCCAGCGAGACCUCAAAGGGCAGCCUGGAGGAGGAGCAGGCCAAGGAGACUCGUACCAAGGGGGAGCCGUCUUCUGCUGUGAGGCCCAAGCAGCUGAAGGAGAAGCCGGUGGCCAAGAAGGACACAAAAAAACCAUUGCCAAAGAAUGACGCUGCCCCCCCAGGAAAGGUGCCCAAACGGGAGGUGAAGGUGGAUCCCCCCAGGAGGGAGACGGCGGCCAAGAAGGAGGCGAAGGCAGAGGAGAAGGCAGCAGUGAGGCAGCCGAGUCGGGAGCUGAGGAGGUCAGCCAGCGCGGAAGCCAAGAGGCCCCCCACCAAGAUGGGCAGCUUCAAGAAGACCCUCCCCAGCCUCAAGAAGGAGGCGGAGAAGCCGAAAGCCCAGCCUUUGAAAGAGGCUCCUCUCAAGAUGCCCAGCGGCACCAAGGGGGCAGCAGGUGGCUUCUCAGACGGGUCCAAGUUGUCAACGGAGAAUGGGGCGAGGGAGGACUCUCAGCCAGAGGUCCUGGGGGCUGAGUCGACAGACGAGGGCAUCACUACAGCGGAGAGCGAGCUGGAGCCAUCGCCGCUGGAGUAUCCCGGGAACGGGGUGCUGGCGGCCCAGAACGGCCUGUGCACGGGGGGAGACCCUGAGAGCCCCCAGCCCUUCCGGCACCUGGAGGCCAGCUCUCCGCUGAGGGGUGCAGGCCCCCCAUCGCCACUGGCUAAGACCCCCAAGAGUGAGCGGAGCGUCAACUUUGAGCAGACCCCCACGGGCACGCAGGCAGGGCUCCACCCCGAGGGCGAGGAGGCUUGGGGCAGCUCCGAAGAGAAGACCCUGGAAAUGAUGUCUCCGGCCACCUCAGGCCCGGCCAGCGCCAGGCACACUCCUUUCCACCAGUCCCCCGUCGAGGACAUCGUCAUGGCCGAGGAGCCGGCGGCCCUGACCAACUCCUGGCGCCCGGACGGCUCUGCCACCGGGCUCCGUGUUUCGCGGGACAACUCCAGCUCCUCGCAGGAGAAGCCGUCGGGAUGCCUGUCCCCCGGCCUCUUCCGCGAUGACCUCCCGGACGUCUCGCCCACCAUCACCACGCCCUCACUGCCGGCCGAAGUGGGCUCGCCGCACUCCACCGAGGUGGAUGAGUCCCUCUCCAUGUCCUUCGAGCAGGUCUUGCCACCGGUCAGCGAGUUCCAGGAGGAAGCAGAGAACGUCCGCCCGGGGGGACUCACCCCAGAGCCGGAUGUGGGCAAAGGUGGCCUAUCCUUGCCCGUCCGGCCCUGCCACCCGCAUCACGCCCAGCGCUUGGACGGCCACUCCCUGGCACGGCACGCCCGCCGCUCUGACUCGCCCCAUGAUGUGGACCUCUGCCUGGUGUCCCCGUGCGAGUUUGAGCACCCCAAGUCGGAGCGCUCGCCCUCAGCCAACUUCAGCCCCCGGGACAUGUCGAACAGCAGUGACUUCUCCCAGGAGCUGACCAAGCCGCUGGUGGGCCAGCGAAAGGGCCCGCGGAGCCGCAAGCCCUACCCCCUGGCCGACGAGACCCCUCCCACGUCACUCAGCGAGUCGCUGCCCACCCUCUCGGACUCUGACAUCCCGCCCGCCACGGAAGAGUGCCCUUCCAUCACGGCGGACGGCGGGCUGGACUCGGACGACGACCCUGAGAGCCUGGUGCGGGCUCGCGACCCUCUUCCGGCCGCCCUGAAGGACCCCCUCCCGCUCCCCGCUCAGCCGGGCAUCUGCAUGGUGGACCCUGACCGAGAAGGGGCGGCCAAGGGCAAGAGGCCGGCGACCCGGGUGGGCUCCGCCCCACCCAAAGCAGACUCAGCCCCCAGAGGCGCGGCCCACAACAGCAGCCGCAUCAAGCCUUCCUCGGCCAGCGUUGGGGAGAGAGCCCGGGCGCCCGCUCUGAGCCGAAGUGAGUCGGCUGCCUCCCGUGCCAGUGGGGACCACCGGGCAUCCCUUGGACAGCGGCCAGCAAGUAGCAGGCCGUCCUUGGGGGCAGGCAGAGCAUGCCCUGCAGGUGCCAGGCCCAGUUCCGUGCGGCCCCCCGUCUACCUGGAGCUGGCCUACAUCCCGGGCUCAGCGAGUGCCCAGUGGGUGGACGAGGACUUCUUCCGCCACAUCCGGUCGCAGUGCUACGUCAUCAGCGGCGAGGACCACAUCAAGGAGGGCGUCAUGCGAAGGAUUUUGGACGCCCUCCUGGCCGGGAAGCAGCACUGGGCACAUGACACCCAGGUGACCCUGAUCCCCACCUUUGACUCCCUGGUGAUGCAUGAGUGGUACGCAGAGACGCUGGAGCGGCAGCAGGCGCUGGGCGUCACCGUCCUGGGCAGCAACAGCAUGGUGGCCAUGCAGGAUGAGACCUUCCCAGCCUGCAAAGUGGAGUUCUGAAGCCUCCCUCUCCCCCUUGGGGCACGUCUGUGGGGGGAAUGGGAGACGAGAGGGACCUCUGUGGGUACUGGGGGGCAGGGGUAGAGACUCCCCACCCCACACUAAGACACUUCCAAAGCCCCCCAGCAAACCUUACCCACACUGCUCUGUCUCUGGUCUGUUUGCAUGUUUCGCCCCUUCAC